AGGCUUCUGACUCCCAGCCUCUUGCGUUUGCGUGUCUUCUCAUCUCUGCUUUUUCCCCCUUUUAUCUCUCUUCUUCUUCUUCUUCUUCUUCUUACUCCAGCCGACUUUUUCCGGCAAAACGGUGUCAGAUCUUUGUGAUCUAUAGCCGGAAGUUUCAUUUCGAGUUCGACGAUCUCAUCCUUCGAUCUUUCCACUUUCUUCAGCCUACCAUGAAUCCCGAAUAUGACUAUCUUUUCAAGCUACUUCUUAUUGGAGAUUCCGGUGUUGGAAAAUCUUGCCUUCUUUUGAGAUUUGCUGAUGAUUCAUAUGUAGAAAGUUACAUAAGCACCAUUGGGGUUGAUUUUAAAAUACGCACUGUGGAGCAGGAUGGGAAGACCAUUAAACUUCAAAUUUGGGACACUGCUGGUCAAGAAAGAUUUAGGACAAUUACUAGCAGCUACUACCGUGGGGCUCAUGGCAUAAUAAUUGUUUAUGAUGUGACAGACCAAGAAAGCUUCAAUAACGUUAGGCAAUGGCUGAGUGAAAUUGAUCGCUAUGCUAGUGAUAAUGUUAACAAAAUACUGGUUGGAAACAAGUGUGAUCUUACAGCGAAUAAAGUUGUGUCAUACGAAACAGGCAAGGCACUUGCAGAUGAAGUUGGCAUACCUUUUAUGGAAACUAGUGCAAAAGAUUCAACUAAUGUGGAACAGGCUUUCAUGGCCAUGGCUGCUUCCAUCAAGGACAGAAUGGCAAGCCAACCAGCCAUGAACAAUGCAAAGCCUCCAACGGUACAAAUCCGAGGACAGCCUGUUGCACAAAAGGGUGGCUGCUGCUCUUCCUAAAAAAUGGAAUGAUGAGUUAGCAGGAAGCUCUCUCUAUUUCCUCUGCAGUGUGCUGCUGCCAGUUGCGGCACGGUGUGUAAGGUUCAAGUGUUUUCUUAACCUCAUCAGUGUUCCAAACUUAUUUCAUAUGAACAAAACCUCAGAAGUAGAGGAUAUAAUUCAUUUCUACACACUUGGUUAACGUGAAGGCUUGUACAAUGUAUUAUUGUUUGUUUGUUGAUUAAAUAAUACUAGUGUUCUUUCUCAA